CCCGGACUUACCAUCAGUCACAAUGCUGACAAAACACUCAAUAGUUUCUGCCAAUGGCAGGCUGUGAUUGGUGGGAAGCGACAUCGACAGCAUGACCAUGCCAUACUCCUGACAGGACUGGACAUCUGUGCUCUUCGAAACGCUCCCUGUAAUACACUAGGAUUUGCACCUGUGAAGGGGAUGUGUAACAGGUUGAGGAGCUGUAGUGUUACGGAGGAUUCCGGACUGGCAACAGCGUUCACCAUCGCUCAUGAAAUCGGACACAAUUUUGGGAUGCUACACGACGGUACGGACAAUAUGUGUCGGCCGCACACUGGAACGAUUAUGUCUCCCACACUCAGCUCCAAGAGUGGCAUAUUUAAAUGGUCCCAAUGCAGUCGUAACUACCUCCAUAGGUUCUUCAAUACAAUCCAGUCAAGUUGUUUAGUCGACGAACCACAGGCGGUGGCUGAGUUAAAGUUCCCGGAUAAACUACCAGGAGAAAUCUUCAACGCAGAUACCCAGU